CUCAAGCGAUGAAGAAGCUAGAAUAUACGAAAAGGUUUUCGACGUCAUGUUUCGGCCGCCGGAGAAGAAAGCGAAAGUUGCGAGUUUUGUCGACGACGUCGUUCUGCAGUACUCGGAUGAAGAGUUCCGGAGGCACUUCAGGCUGCCUCGACGUGUUGCCAAUGAAUUGAUAACAGGCUUCGCUUCUUCUCCCGACACACAACCACGGCGGCAAGGCGGCGAAGUCUGCCGAUACGCACAUUUUGAGCUUCAUUUGGUAUGCAGCCAACAAAACAUGCAUGCGGGAUGUGGCCGACAGGUUCGACCUGGCUGAAAGUACAGUACACAGGAUACUCCAAAGAGUGGCGGACUACCUGUGUACGCUGGGUCUAACUGUCCUCACAUUUCCCGAUGACCUGGAGAAGCUUUCCAGAGAUUUCGAGAAUGUUUCCGGUGUGCCAGGUGUUGUUGGGUGCAUUGACGGCUCUUACAUCCGCAUCCAAUGCCCUGAAAAGAAAAUAGCUUCGACCUACGUCAACAGGCACCACUUCCUCUCGAUGACACUACAGGCUGUGUGCGACAACAAGAGGCGAUUCAGUGACGUGCUCGUGGGAAGUUCGAGUAAAAUACACGACUCCCGCGUGUUUCGUAUGUCCUCGCUUGCCAAGAAACUACCAGGCAUAUGUCAAGGUGACAGAUACCACCUCCUAGGUGACGCAGCAUAUCCUGUAAGGCCGUAUUUGCUUACCCCUUACAGAGAUUAUGGAACAUUAACAAAAGAAAAGAAAAAAUUCAAUGCAAAAUUCUCGGCAACCCGCGUGCUGAUUGAAAACUCAUUUGGGAUCCUCAAGAAACGAUUCCGCCAGCUUAUGUAUCUGGAGCUGCGGACUGUGCCUUGGCUCAAUACUUUCAUACUUGCUUGUUGCAUCUUGCAUAAUCUGUGCAUCGACACAGGCGACGAACUGCUCGAUGACAGUGAUGAAGAGCCUGGCGAUGUGCAAUGGUCCAAGCGCACAGACAGCAAUGCAUGCCAAGAUGAUACUGAAGAAGACUCAGCGCUGCUUAAGCUCGGAGAAUUGAAGCGAGAUAAAGUGUUUGCGAAAAUGUUUGGGCGACAAUAA